GUAACGGCGGGAAAAGAUGAUCGCAGAUGAUCUUGCUGAGACAAACACAAACAUGUUAAAACAAAACUGUUUGAAAAAAGUUGGGCAUGAAAAGUAGUGGGGGAGUAAAGGCGUCCAAGGCAUCCUUGUUGGCACGAGGUCUCCCCACAAAAACAAAGCCACCUGCGUUUAAAAGAGUCUCAAAAGGACAACAUAAAGCUGUUAAGGAGACCAAACCAGGUUACAGUCUCUACACUUCAGACUCAGAAGACCAGGUUUCUUCAGUUGACCGAGGCCUGAACAGAUGUGCAGCACUUCUGUCAAAUAUACUUGACAAUGAAGACAAAGAUGGUACAGCUAAGUCGAAGGUGACAAGUAUGGGGAAACCUGUUAAGUCAACUUUAAAAAGAGCAGGAACAGCCUUACAUCCUCAAGUUAAGCCAGACAGGCUUGGCAAUCAAAGAGCAAGACCAUCAAGUCGAAAAGUUUUGAUUCCUACUGCCAAGACUGACGACAGAGCAAGUCCUUCCCCAUCAAGGCCCCAAGAGGUAAAGCAAGGAAUCUCAACAGCUUACAAUGACCGCUUGGUGUCAUCCACACCAAUUCUCACUGCAGAGGAACGACAGAAACAGCAGCAGCUGCAAAGACGAGAGGCAGAAUUGCAACAGGAACUGUCACAACUCAAGCAGCGUUAUGAGUUGCUGCAGAAGCAGAACGAUCCCAACCACCACACAGAACAAAAACUACAACUGCAAAACUCCAUGAUGCAAGAGCUCGACAGCCACCAGCGGAAAAAUCCUUUACAAAGGUCUGCCUCUUCUAGGCACUCAACUGAACGACAGUCUGUGAGUAACUCUGGAAGUGAGAAACACUCGAGGAGACCAUCAGCGCGGAAAAGUCUGGAUUAUUCAGGUUUUCCUGAGGUGAAAACUUCGGCUAGUGACACUUCUGUUGAUCGUGGCUUUGACAAGCCCCAUGUAGAGGGUGUAUUAGAUGCGACGGGAGGGGAGGGUCGUGAGCGUGUUGGAGACGAUGAUCUGCUGCAAGGUGUGGACGACUCAGUAACGCAAGAGGUUGACACGUCAGGAUCAAAGAAACAAGUCAGAAUCAUAUCACCUUCUGGAAACACUUCACCUCACGUUGACAGAGAAUCGUUAGCAAGUGCAAAUCCACUUCAGAAUAUGUCCAAUUCUACAAACACAGGAAUUUCGGAAGGGAAAGCAACAAGGCAAAUAGCCACCCCAUCAUCUCCUUCUGCUCGGGCAAGCUCCAGGAGAGCGAAGGAUGGAAUAGAAAUUUCUUCUGCUGAAAAUCAGGCACGGAUGAUUGAGUACUUAAUCGAUGAACUUAGAGCGCUGCUUGGAAAUACAGGUGAUUUGGAGGUAGAUCGUUUGCUUAGUGAAAUAGACAAUGCGGCGAAGCUUCUACCCUAUCUCCUGGAGAAAGAUCACACAGCUUCUGUUUCUCAGGAAACUGAACAGGCAGUACGAGCCUAUAAAGUUGAAAAUGCUCAGUUAAAAAGGAAGCUCCUUAUUUCUCACCAGAAGUUAAAAGAAGGAUCCAUAAAGAAAUACGACGACAAAUCCUCUGGCAGGACGGAUCUAGCUUUUGAAUUGGCAGCUUGUAGGUCGGUGAAUAGUGUACUCCAGAAACAACUUUCAGAAGAGAAAGACAGUAAAGAGCAAGUAUUAACAGAGAGGGACCGACUCUCGCAGAACCUUAACGAACUGAAGGAGGAAAGAAAGAAGUUUCUACAAAUUCUAUCAAACAAGGGCGUUUUAUCCAACUUCUGUAUUUGUAACUUACAGGAACAAGAUAAUCUGCGAUUGAAGCGAGAAUUGCAGCAAGAUUCGUCCAAACUAACUGCUGAAAACGACAAGCUUAAAGCAGAUCUUGAGGCUGUUUACCUUUCGACGGAAGCAGACAAGAAAGAAGCCACCAUCCUUGGCCUUUCUUUGAAACAGAAAGAUGCAGAAAUAGACAGACUCAAAGAGCUCACCAGGGGUCUUCAACAAUCUCUAACCCGCUUGCUGUCAGACAUAGAACAGUUCCAGCCAAAUGGCCCUUUAAAGCUGGGCAGCAUGUUGGAUAAGGCCAGCGCACUGGAAGGUUUAAAUAAAUUUUUAGGGAGUGGCCUCCAGACAGCAGGCCAAGUAACGACCCCAGGGCUCUCCCCUGAGGUUUUACAUCUUGCAAGACGAAGUAACAGAAACCCUUUAUCUCCAAGUCAGCCCGAAAAAACAUUAAUUACCACUGAGCAAUCGCCGCCACUCAGUCAAGGUGUGGUGUCAAUGGGGAAAGUUUCCGGGAGGAGUUCUGAUUUAAAAUACAAAAAACAUUUACGAUUUGCGGACGCUGCACAGGACACCUCUGUGCAUACGGAUGGAAUUGAAUCAUGGGAAAACGGUUUAAAAGUGGAAGAUUUGGAGGAUGAAGAAAAUGGCGGUGAUUUAUCUUCCCUUUCAUCAGGAGAAGAAGAAGAUUUCAAGAGAGAUUUAGCAAACCUUGACGCUAAUAUUGCAAGGAUACAGAAAAGUUUGCGAGAAACCGCCCAUAGAACUUGACAUUAUUGCAGUUGGGAAAUAUAUGAACUAGUUAAGAAAAACUUAUCGAAGUUUUUAGACAAGUCGCCUAUUUUCGUACACAUUCUCAUAAUGUAAAGGAAUAUAAAAAAUAUAA